UCUCUUUUGUUCAGUAGCGCUCAGCUGCUGGAGAGUUGAGCUCUGCUCCGACUGACGGUCAUCUUCUCUCGUCGCGGCUCCUCCUUUCCAGAGGACGCGCGGACUUGGCUGGAGCUCCAGGCGCAUUUCCACUCACAUAAACGUCCUUUUAUCGGCCUUUCUGCCAAAGUGGUGACCAGAACUGGCUCUUUUGGGUCCAACGAAGCGGACUCGGAGGCUUUAAAAAAGAAUAAUUACGCAUCGUUGGAUGGUUUAGCAGGUUGACUCUGUACCGCAACCACCUGCACUCUAUCAAGGCGACAAAAGCUGCAGCAUCACUCUACAUUCCCAGCGGACUGAGCCCGACUCUACAAAGGUGUAGCAAGAUGCUUGGUGGAUUGUCUUUGAAUGGACUGAAGUUCUUGCUGGCCCUGAUAAUUCUCCAAGUGGCAGGUUCAGGUUUAACCAAUGCUGACACUGUGGUGAAUAUGCGGAAGGUGACUCACCAGACCAUUACUGAAGAGCUGUCUAAAACAGUGCUGCUUCCCUGCCUCUUCACCCUUCGUCCAAGUGCGAGCUCAUUCCAGGAACCUCCCAGGAUCAAAUGGACCAAGGUUUGGGGUCAAAGAGGCUCAGAUGGCCUGCAAAAGGAGCAGUCGGUCCUGGUGGCCAAAGACAAUUUGGUCAAGGUAAAAAAGGCCUUCCAGGGUCGUGUAUCGCUGCCUGGAUACAGUAAGAACCGCUACAAUGCCAGUCUUGCGCUAACUGGCUUGCGUUCCAGCGACUCUGGCCUUUAUCGCUGCGAAGUUGUCGUUGGUAUCAAUGAUGAGCAGGACACUGUUCCCUUGGAGGUCACAGGCGUGGUGUUCCACUAUCGUGCCCCUCAUGACCGGUAUGCCUUGUCCUUUGCUGAUGCCAAAAGGGUGUGCCUAGAGAACUCAGCUGUUAUCGCAACACCUGGUCAGUUGCAAGCAACCUUUGCUGAUGGAUACGAGAACUGUGAUGCCGGCUGGCUCGCAGACCAGACCGUACGGUACCCAAUCCAGUCACCUCGACCAGGCUGCUAUGGUGAUCGGGAGGACUCACCUGGUGUUCGUAACUAUGGCAAUAGGGCUCCUGAAGAGCUGUUUGAUGUCUACUGCUUUGUAAAGAAGCUUCCAGGUGAAGUGUUCCACUCCACAGUGCCACAGAAGCUGAGCCUUUCCACAGCCUCCACCCACUGCCACUCUCUAGGAGCACAGCUGGCCACCGUUGGGCAGCUCUACUUGGCUUGGCAGGCUGGCCUAGACCAGUGUGAUCCCGGUUGGCUUGCAGACGGCAGCGUCCGCUACCCCAUCAACGUACCGCGGAAGAACUGUGGUGGAGACGAGCCAGGGGUGCGGACCAUCUACAACAACCCAAACCGUACCGGCUUCCCGGACACCACUGCCCAUUUCGACGCCUACUGUUACAGAGCCCAUCAUCCAGCAGCGAUUCAAGCCUCUGAGGCUAAAGGUUUGGACCAGACUGAGAGAAAAGUGUUGGACAUCUCGUCUUUAUUUGCUGAAGCCAAGAGAAGCGACCCCUCUGUCAGAACAUCUGUCCAUUCUGACAGGUUCUCCUUCAAUAGAACAGGAGCCCCCUCAUUCAGUAAGAGCAAUGACUCAUCUGACAUAUCUGAGGAGCAUGUUUUCAUUGACUUGAAAUCUGAGGAAAAUUGGGAUGAGAAGCACGAUGGACCCAGAAUCAGCCAGAUGGAUCCGGACGGUUCUGCUGAAACAGGUAGCAACGUCACUUCUAGCUUUCCUGACCUUGAAGCUGCAGAGAACCAUGUGGAAUCAGGAACCCCAGCAUCAUCCCCCUUGGCCUCUUCCACCCCCCAGCCUCAGGGAAGUUACAGUCUUCUCACUGAAUUUGUUAACACUCUCAUGAGGCCUUUUAAGUUUUGGGCAGGAAGCAAAGGGUCUGACAAGGCAGAGAGCAGAUCCACAGCGCCUGAGGAAAAAGCUGCAGAGAACCAGACUGAGGAAGUGUCAUUCAACAAAAAUCUAAGUGUUCCCAAACCCAUUGGAAACAAGGGCAGCAUGGACAAUGCCAUCGUAGAACACAGAGGUGGCACUUUUCCCCUCAGGGCUCCUAACAGCGGACCACAGAGUUCAGAAAAGGGGCUGUCAGAGCGGGAAGAAGAGCUGGUGCCUCUCAUUAAACUGGUGCCGUCAGUCCAAAACGGAGAGCAAAUUGCCAGCAGCGCUCAACCUGCAAGAGGAGGAAGCAGCUCCGUUCAUGGCGACGUGGAAUCUACUACGAAUGAAUUUCUUCCUUUGGAACCUAUUGAAAUUCCUCCACCUACUGAACACGGCAACAGAUCUGGUCUUCAGGGUUCCAGUCAAGGCAACGUCCUCGCUUCUGUCUCCAGUGCUCAAUUCCAAUGGGGCCUUACGUCAGUGACUGUCCCCAAACCAAGAAUCCCAGGAAACGUGGCCUAUUUGGAUGAGCAAGAAUCUUGGGGGCCAAAAGAAGCUAAAGCAGGACCUCUGGAGUUGAUGACAUUGCACACCUCCCUUCUCCAAGAAGACCUGGAGAACUAUUCAGGUGAAGGCAAAGAUCAGGAUCCAGAGGGUGCACAUACUUUGUCUGGCAAAGUCAGGGCUGUUUCAGGAGAGGAGAAAGACAUGGAAGGUAGUGGAAAUGGGAACAGUUUUCUGACUGACUUUGAAAUGAAAGUCAACACGUUGACUAGCAGUGGUGCCAAAUUAGGUCCUACACCCAAAGCUUCACCCAAACUAGGCAGUUUUGUUACUCUGAGUGAGUACACGACUCUGUCUCAGUGGCUGCUAGUUAAUCAACCCACCACCUCACCUCAGGGCACCAUGGAGUCAGUCAAAGCUCUGGAUGCCGAGGGCGAUAUCUUUUAUGUCCACAGCCCAACUACUACGUUGUCUUUGCCAUCCUCUUCGCAAACACAAGAUGAGAGUAAAGAAAAGGGGGUGGCUACCACGACUAAAGCCCUGCUGGAGAGCCUGACGACCUCUGAAGUCACCUCGGUGGAGACCUUGGCCAAAGAGCCACAAAAAGCAGAUGCUAUUACCACAGUCGCUACCAUAGAAAAUACUUCAGACACCUCUUAUACAGGGGAACCGUCUAUAUCUAUUUCAUGGGUCCAGAAAGAGCAGGAUAAGAUUAGCGUACCUGACCAACAAAGUCAUCCCUUGGUGACUAUGAGGCCUACUAAAGGAUCUGAAACUGGAGUCACCAAUGCCUUCAAAUCUGAGACUGUCCUUACAGAAAUGGAAUCCAGAUCUGCAGUUACUGAAAUCUUUGUUGUGGGAAAUGAUCAGACACCUUCCAAAGAGUUACAACAAGAAGAGCUCCGAACCCCAGAGACUAUUAGCAAUAAAGAUACUACCAAUGCGUCUGGAGGUCUUGAUCCAGACUGGGCAUUCGGCCUCUUUCCAUCAGUGGAUAGUAACCCAUGCCAGACCAGCCCUUGUCUCCAUGGCGGGAGCUGCCUGCAGGAAGGUGACAGCUAUAGCUGCUACUGUCCUCAGGGCUACACUGGAGAGAACUGCGAGAUUGAUAUUGACGACUGCCAGUCUAACCCUUGCCAGAACGGCGGAACCUGCAUCGAUGAGAUCAACUCCUUUGUGUGUCUUUGUCUGCCCAGCUACGGUGGAGCUACGUGUGAAAAAGACAUUGAGGGCUGUGAGCGCUCAUGGAGAAAGUUCCACGGCCACUGCUACAGGUACUUCAGCCGCAGACACACCUGGGAGGAUGCAGAGAAGGACUGCAGGGAGCACAGCGGUCACCUGGCCAGCAUCCACAGUGCAGCAGAGCAGAACUUCAUCAGAGGUCUGAGCCAUGAUAACACCUGGAUUGGACUGAACGAUCGCACAGUGGAGGACGACUUUCAGUGGACAGAUAAGACAGACCUGCAAUAUGAAAACUGGCGGGAAAACCAGCCUGACAACUUCUUCGCUGGAGGAGAGGAUUGUGUGGUAAUGAUCGCUCAUGAAAGCGGCAAAUGGAACGACGUGCCCUGCAACUACAAUCUGCCCUACGUCUGCAAAAAAGGAACAGUUUUCUGUGGAACCCCUCCCAGUGUGGAUAAUGCCUUCCUAAUUGGUCGGAAGCGUUCCCACUAUGACGUCCACUCCAUAGUUCGUUACCAGUGCGCCGACGGCUUCCUGCAGCGCCACGUGCCCACUGCCAAGUGUCGUGCCAAUGGCAAGUGGGACCGACCCAAAAUCAUCUGCAUAAGAUCUCGGCGAGCCCACCGUUACCGGCGCCAUCACCACAAGGCGAGGAGGGAGCGCAGGAAGCAUAAGAGGCACGGCCAUAGAGAAGGGGGGCACCACGGAGGCCAGCUCAGACAGGGCCACAGCCACGCCCACUUCUGAACCAAAAAGAUUGCCGCCCACUUUCCUUUUCUUCUCUGCUGCAUACUGCAGCUUGCCUGUCUCCCUGCUCUCCUCAUUUCCCUCAAUACCACUUCACAACUCUCAACCUAUGUACCCCCCCUCUCUGUUCUGCCCUCAGCCCCCCAUCUCCUGGCGCCUAGGCAACCUGCUUAUUAGUCCCCUCUGAGGCUGCCAAAGGGCUGCCAGGUGUUGCCAGGACUAACAAACCCAUUGAUAUCCCUUUUCUUUCUUUCAAUUUUGGGCUGCAGCUCUCCUGUCUUUCCUCUACCCUCUCAAAUGACACUCUUACUCUCCCUUGGAGCUCAGCCCUUGGCCUGUGUUGACCUGUUUUUGAAGAACAAACGAUAUUUGAUUUGAUCCCAGACUUUCUUUGGUGAGAGGUGGUUCAGUAUGAACUGUAAAUAGGGAUGACAUAACUGAAAAUGCCAUAUCAAAGUCAAUGGAGACAUAGUGGUUUUUACUUGAGCCUUGUGUCUAUUUUUUACAAAUGCUCUGUUUAUCUCCUGAAUCUGCUGCUCUUUGUUUUUGCCCUUUGGAAGACACUGAUACAGACUUGUGGCACCGCCGCUGCUGCGUCACUCUGACACGGAUUUAACUUUUUGAAUUAGAAGCAGUUGUGAUUCAAUUAUUUGAUGGUUAGCGUCGUAUUUUCUUGUUGGUGUGAGACAGUUGCUUUAGAUCAGAUGAUGAACCCCCAGAGGAAAAAUUGAUAAUUCCUCCAAUCUCCUGUUCAGGACCAUCACAUAUCAGUAGCUACUUAGAAGACAUGAACCACCUGAAACAGCUGAAGCUGUGUCAAACACCCCCACAUGUCACUGCCAGGGUUAAUCUGGAAACUGGAUGUUGAUUGUCUCAACUCAGCUUAGACGUCCAGCAUUUUUUUCUGUUGUCAUAAUUCCUCUUGUUUUGGGUCUCUACAUUAAUAAAGAUGAUCGAUUCCUCUGACUUUGCAGUGCAGCUGCUUUUGACAGAGUUUUCCACUGUGAGCUAUUUAGUAUAAGAAUGUUGUCACCUCUUCAGUCAGAUUAUUGGACUUUGAGAUUUAAAAGCAUCAAAGUACACAGAAAGUUCUCUCCAGAAGCACUGAGGUAAGUAGGGGUUCACAUACAUCAUUCAUUAUGGCAGGAGUUUUAUUCUUAUGUCUUAAUAAGUUUGAAAAAUACUGUAGUUUCUAACUACUGCAUGUUUUUUUCAGUCCCAAAAGACAAGGCGUUGGUCAGAAGUAACUUUUUCACUACAUUUUGUUGUUAAGGUGGAAAUUUUGGUUGUUAUCAUUUUCCCCAGAAGCAAAUGCUGUAAAGCCCUGUUUGGUGGAGUGGAGGUGAGGUAGGCGCAAAGAAUACAGCUCCAACUGUCGAGCAUGGUGGCGGAGCAUCAUGCUUAAGGGCUCCAACAGCACCGAUGCUUUGAACAAAAUGAGAACUAACUCCAAAAUAAUUUACUUUGCCUGAAGUAAAAGGUUGGAUGGUUUAAACUUAUCGGGACGAUGAAACCAAACACUCUGUUUUUUACAGGAUAAGCAAGAUCACAAUCAGCUUCUUGAAUGGCCCCACCUCAAGCCUGUAGAGAAAUCCAACAAAUUUGAAUUAGCUGGAUGAUUUCUGAGGAUUGUUUAACUGUACUGCGGCAGCUAUGCCGCGGAAAUCCACACAUUGGAUACUGCAUGUAUUAUUUUGAUACAGAAUCAGGAUCAGUUUGGAGAGGAUGGGCUGGAGUGCUCUACCAAUUCUGUGAUUGUAUUUAUCUAUUUGUAAGGGGCCAAAGCAUUUAAAGAGCAUAUUAAUGAUUUAUAUAGAUACUGAUUCCCACCAUUUGUCCUCUAUCUAGUCAAAGCUUCAGUUCAGCACAUGAUUGUAACAUGACUGUAAACAAAAGCUAAACUAGUCUCAUUAGAUUAGAGGGAAAGACUAAGGGACACAGUAAAAUCAAGUAAAAAAAAAAAAAAAACAUACUCCAUAUCCUCAUUAUGGUUAUCAAAUAAGUCCAAUAGACACGAUAAAAAAUUAGAGAAAGAAUUAUAUGAUCUGUUUCAACACCUGCCAGCAUUUCUGGCAUUAGAAGACUUAACAAUACUUUUAAUGCUGGUUUGUCCUUAUAAGUUUCCCCUUAACCUGUUCGAUUUUAACUGACAUUAUAAAAAGCUCAGAGUAAUGCUGGCUAAUAUUAAACUACUAAUCACAGCUGUCCUGGUAUGAUAUCAACAUACUGUUUUUAAUUCUUAUCACCCUUAGAACCCCAGUAUAAUAUAGAUGAAGACACAUGAAGAGCAAUGAAAUUAUAUCUGCCUGUUGUUGCGGAAUGUUAACAAUUAACAGUUUUAUUGUAUUUUAAAACGUUUUUAAAAAUCAUCAGUUUUGACAUUUUAAACUUUAAUUUCUGGUUUAUAUUACCAACAAGCUAAAGUAGCUUAACUAGCAUUAUAAAAGUAACUAAUGUUGAAACAAACCACAUCUCAGUGGGCUGCUACAUGAUAGACAGGAGUGGAACAUAAUAAAGCCUUUUCAGCUUUGAGUGAUUUUGCAAAAUGUCCCACCUUUUUUGUUUUUGGUUUCUUGCAGCCUGAACUUUGUGCAGAAUUGCUCACACAAAAAAAAAAAAAAUAAUUUAGAAAAAUGUGCAUCGAGAGUAACAGUACACAUACUACUAUAACAGUAGUAUGUGUAGUAUGUAGUAUCUGUAGUAUCUGUAACUGCAGUGUGUGUGUAAGCCAGGCGACAACAAUUGAAAAAAAAAAAAAAACAGCUUUGUGCAGACAAC